CUAACCAAUCCAGUCCAACCAACCGAACCCCAUGCCGCUGGCGCCCUCCCGAUCCUCUAGCCACACAAAAUUCCCGCCCCUCUAAUCCCCCACGGGUGGAAGAGCGCGUGAGAGAGGAAGGGACUAGGCGCGCAACAAGUACAGUCGAGCCCAGGAAUCGCGCGCGCUUGUGGGAUGGCGGAGGAAGGAGAGGAGGCGCCGCCGGCGGUGGAGUUCGGGCUGCCCAGGGAGCUGGCGGCGGUGCUGCCGACCGACCCGUUCGAGCAGCUGGACGUGGCGCGCAAGAUCACCUCCAUCGCGCUCGCGUCCCGCGUCGGGCGCCUCGAGGCGGAGUGCGCGCGGCUCCGCGCGCAGCUCGCCGAGCGCGACGACGCCACCGAGGACCUCCGCGAGCGCGUCGAGCAGCUCGACUCCGCGCUCGCGCUGGCCACCGAUCGCCUCCGCCUUGCCGAGGAGGAGAAGGAGACGCUACUGAAAGAGAACGCGACCCUGUCAAACACCGUCAACAAACUCAACAGAGAUGUCGCCAAGUUAGAAGUUUUCAAGAAGACACUUAUGCAGUCACUUCAAGAAGAUGAUGACAAUCCUAAAAUUGCUCCCAGGGCAAAACUCACCGAAGCUUCGAGUUUUAACUCUGCACCAUCUGUUGGAGAUGAACAUUCAGCAUUUCCAACUUCCAAAUCAUCACAGUUGUCAGAAACUGCAAGUUCUGUUUCAGAGGGAAGUAGUCAUGCUGAGCCAGAUGUACCUAUGCCACCCCGCUCGCAUGUAUAUUUGCCAUCAUACAACAGCACACCAAAGCUUACUCCCCCCGGCUCACCUCCAAGGGGUUAUGCACCACUCUCACCACCAAGGCGACAUUCAAUCUCUGUUGCGUCAAUGAACAGGCUCGAUGACAGGUCUUCAGUGUUUUCUAGUAACCAUAGCUCAAUGACAUCUCCAUUUGAGGCAGCAAGUCAAACAGGACGAACACGAGUUGAUGGCAAAGAGUUCUUUCGUCAAGUCAGAAACCGCUUGUCUUAUGAGCAGUUCAGCGCAUUCUUAGCCAAUGUAAAGGAACUGAACGCACACAAGCAGACCAGAGAGGAUACACUAAGAAAGGCUGAUGAGAUCUUUGGCGCUGAAAACAGUGACCUGUACACCAUCUUUGAGAGUCUAAUCACCCGCAGUCAUCAUUAGAGCCUUCAAAUCUGAAUCUUUUACAUGAUUAAUGAGCCAUGUUUUACUGGCAUUUUGUGAUUAUAUGUCUGGUUUUUGUUGUAUUUAAAAUCUGUAGAUCUUACCCGCUAUCCAUUUCAAAUUUCGGGUACAUAGUUUUAAAAUUUUCUUCUUGUUGCCAAUGUAAGAAUAAUGUAUUGUCUGCAAGCUACAGUUAUUAUAUAUUAAUACAAGUGAAAAAGCUUGCAAUUGAGGCA